GUGCUACUAGGGGCAUUCUUUAUUAAAUGGUCAUUUGCUCUGUUUUUAAUUAGCCAAACUAAUAUAAGAAAAAUACUCGUUCAUACUACUCUGAUGUUUCAGUAACAUCCACACACACAGGUAGCAAAACCAAAACGAAUAUGACACAUGUGUUCCGCAGAUUCUUAUAUAAUUUAUCAAUUAUUGAUUUAAUAGCUGAUUAAGAUGCCCUGAGAAAUUUCUGCAUAUGAGAUUGUGGUUUAAUUAAUAGACCGUCGACUAAAAGCAUCACUAGCAAGGCAGACUGGUAUAUUUUAUAAAAUUAAUUACAAUAUGGAGUUUUAUACGUAGAAGUGAACAGUAUAUACUAGAGUUGAAGAAAAGAAAAGUGGUGCUUGAAGUCCAACCACUUAAAGAGUUCUUUUGGUGCUUGACUAAGUCAUGAUUCUAUAACUUUUCCCAUCAGACACUCAUAUUGUAAUCUCUCAUUGUAAAUAAUAGCAAUAACAGUAAUUAUCUUAGAGAAAGUGUCAUACUAUAUACCAAAAAUAUGUUCUUACCAAUCACAAGAUUUUCUUUUGCAGUUUAAAUUCAUUCUUUUAAAUUUGUUAAAAACGCAUCUGCCUAACUAAUUUGGUUUUUAAUAAAGUUUGUUUGAUAAAAAAAAAUUGUUAAAAACACUUGAAGAACUGUUUAAAUUCAGAUGAUGGAAUUUGGGGGAGUGAGAGAUAGAUAACCCUGGACCUACAGUAGGAGCUUUUCAUGAACAUUGACCGGACCGGGGUUGAUUUCACAAUUGCAAAACCGGAGAAUGGAUUAUAAAUGAGCCGUAUGCUUAGGUGAGAGAGACUAACCACCUCUAAAUGGCUCACCAUUGUAGAAAACCUCAAAACAAAGCCGAAUACGCCCAUUUAUUGGGCAGGUAGAGCUAUCCGCAGCAGGGUUAGAGUCACUUAGAUCAGAACUCUCUGAGUUUGCAGAAAGAGAAGCUUACCUCAAAGCCCAGGUUGGGCAGCUCUGCCUGUUGAACCACCUCCAGUAGACGAUGCUGAAGUAGAUGACUGGCUUCCUCAGUUUGUUACCCUUCAAGGACCUUGUCUUUUCUUCUAUUUACUAUCAACAGACUUGAGCCCUCAAGAUUCUACUUUGCUAGCGGAUACUGUUGAAGUUGGUUCUUUGCCAAGCUACACAAGAGAGUUCGAUGAAACACAUCAUUGCUUUUAUAUCUUAACCCGUCAAGGUCUAAGGUGGAUUCUUGGUUGUCGGUUUUGCGCCACUGCUCUGUAUAGUUUUCAUUCUUCUAUGUACUGUGUACAAAAUGCUUCUCUGCAGAUGUAGCUAUAGACUAUAUCUUACUACUUUGUUAUGAGUUAGUUGGUGAACUGAACUUCUUUGUGUUGGAGGUUAUGGGGAACAACAUGCGUCGUCUUGGGCUUAUGUGUUAGAAAUGUAUCAGUACAAUUCUGUUCUAAUAAUUGUGUGACGUAUAUGUUAACAAAUCUGGGCGUGUAGCUCAUAUGGUAGAGCGCUCGCUUCGCAUGCGAGAGGCACGGGGUUCGAUUCCCCGCACCUCCAUUUUUUAAAUGCAAUUUCGCUCAUUGUUUUAGACUUAUAGAGGGGGUCUCAGUUACUUCAGGCGAAAGAAAAUGGGAACUUUUCUCUCUUUCCAUUUGCCUAUACUAACAAUGCCUUUCCUUCUUAUGAUUUACCAUUGAAUACAAGUCCAAUCUGAAUAUUUCUUGGAAUAAUGGUCAUGUUGUGAGGUAUGCAAUCUUGGAACGGGUAAUGGCACCUCGGUUCUAGAAAUGGUUUCUGCCUUUGAGAAGGCAUCAAGAAAGAAAAUGAUGGUCGGACGACGUCCUGGAGACGCUCAAUUUGUUUACUCCUCUACAUAGAAAGCAGAACGAGAGCUAAAUUGGAGGUAAGUUAGAGUUUUAUUUUGUCAACAGUUAUAUAAAGUAGAGGAAUUAUAAUAACUCGGAAGAUAUGACAAUCUAGUUGUUAGAUUUGUGAACGGAAAACAUGAACAAAUGCCUCAAAUACACGCACAACAUUGUCAAUCUAUGGAACUAGGCCACUGAUAAUCCUUACGGCUACGAAACCUAUAAUGGCUCCUUAUAAUUCUCUCCCUUUUUCUGCAUUAAUUUUUCUUUACAAACACAUGAAGAAAUGCUGAUAAGAACCUCAAAUUUUACAAGGGAAUUGAGGAAAUUCAUGUACUACAGAAAACCCACAUUUAAAUCGUCAAUUCAACUCUUUUUAAUUUAUGUCUCGACAAUGUUCUAAUUUUAAAUACAGAAAGCCCAAAUGUAUUUUUUUUUUUGGCGGCAAAGUCUCCAUAUUUUAUUAACUUCUUUCUAACAAAUUGAUUCCUGAGAUCAACCUGGUUGGAGGAGAGUGAACAUGGAAGAAAACAGUUUGACGAGAUCGGGCUUCUUUCGCAAGAAGGUCCGUUCGUGAGUUUAAAUCUCUAGAAAUAAAACUGAUAGAAAAGUAUGAAAAUUUAGAACUAAUAGAGCGAAAUUCAUCUAACUCAGCCAAUAAUGCUGGCCAUUCUUCAUAAUCUUGUUCAUCCUGGAGGAGUUUGACUAGCUGAAGGCAGUCGGUUUUGAAAGACAUGGUUUGGUGGCCUAGAAGUAAGACAGAGUUCAUAGCCAGAAGAGGGUGCAAAAUUCUGCCUGGAUUGGAGAGACUGUUUGGUUACUACCGAAUGAACCAAACGAUUCUCUUCCUGCUUCGUAUUUGAAAUGGAAACCUCCUCCUAAGAUUCGAGCUUGCGCCACGAGGCGUCGACACUGCAGGUGAUCCGUUGGAGAUCCACGGUAUCAGGCUGGGGAGAGGUUAGGCGUGCGGAUUCCUCGUUAUCGUGCGGUUCUUGAGCUCUCUGGGCGAACCCAAAUGUAUUCAGGCGCCCAAAAUAAUAGCUUAUUGGCAAACUGUAAUGUUUAGUAUUUUAAACUAUGAAUCAUUAUGGGCUUAAGUCUAAAUUUUAGUACUCGUGUGAAAUGCCCAAGAAUAGUUUAAGCAUGAUUCUAAAUGACUUUUCUAUCAAAUUUUACAAAUCUUACAUCUUUACAGUAAGUUAAAUAUCCUUCUAUGUGCUGAGAUACAUACAAGGUCAAUUUCGAUCUAUGCAGUCUUGCAUUUGUUUCUUCCCAAGUUUCGUAAACUAUCACUUGUUGUAUGCGCUUACAAAUAAUAUUGAAAUUGUUUUUUUCUUUUUCAAAAAUACAGUUUGAGUAAUAGUUUUCAAUACCUUAAUUAUCCAUUUCCGUCUAUACCGGAUAUUCUACAUUUUAUCUAAAUGAAAAGGCCUAGCCGCAUAGCUAGCUAGCUUGCUCCAAAAAGAUAUACUGUUAGUGAAAGUUGGUUAUGUUGCUGGUUUGCAUUUUAAUGGCAACUUGUUAAGGGUGCAGGUUUGUCCACAUGCGAUGACAUGGACCGCACUUUCACAGAUGCUAUCUACGCACUUCGUCGGAUCCAUAAGAAUCCAACGGCUGAGAUUCGGUGGAUCUUUUCUUCGGCGAGAAUAAUCACAAAAGCCAUGCGCAUGUAGAAACAUGGGACCCAACUUCACCGCCCACAAGUCCAUUAUAGCCGUUCAUUAAUCGUCCCCGGUCAACUCAGGUUACAACACUUGUUAUCAAGAACUGAAGAUCAAUAACUAACGAAUACUUCUAAAGUAUAGGAUGUUUUAGGUAAAAAUAUACAUAUUUAAAAAGUUGAUUUUUAUAUAAAAAGUAUCGAUAAAAGUAGAAAUUAAAUUAUUUAACCUUUUAUAAAAUAGAAUAUAAAAUAUAAUUAAUUUAAAUUUACUUAAAAAUACAGAAAUAUUUUACAUAUUGAAACAUCAACAAUUUUGUAAAAAAUUUACAUUGUAGACAGAAAAUUAGGAAUAAGAUUUACUUGCGCAAUUUCCAUGCAUUUUGUGCUGGUUAUUAUUUUCUAAUUUCAUAAUAUACUUAAUGUACUGUUGGUAAACUGAGAGGGAAGAAGAAGAUAACUAAUAAGGGAGCGUGACACAUGAAGUGAAGGAGUUUAGGUGUUCCUGAGCUGUUUUGUACACUAAGAUAGCUCACGCUCUGAUGACACAUAGGCCAUGUUGAAUAAUAGGACAUAGAUUAAUCGUAUACACCGUCAUGAUUAACAUUCUUGGGAAAAUCCUGAGUAGAUCCUGACCGUCCACAAAUUAGCUUAAAAUCGUGCGAUACAUGUAACUACGACCUAAUCGGAAUCUUAAGACACACGUGAAAGACGGAUAAGUGAAUGAAUAAUAGCUGAGCUAUUUUUUUAAUCUGGAGCAUGUGGACCUUUGAGGGUGCGUUUUGGCUCUCUCUUCUUAACAUUUUUACACAUAAUAUUUGUACGUGUAGUCGUAGUAGAUAAGUGUCAAGAAAUGUGUUAUAUGAAAUGUGUUCGUUUUGUUUUGUUUUAAUAAUAAAGAGGUCGACCAAUUUUUACCAAAAAAAAAAGAGGUCGACCAAUUAAGUUAGAAUAAAAAUAGGUUCAUACGUACGUCAAUGGAAGGUCAACUUUUUAAGUACUUGAAUUUUUUUUCUCUCCGUACAGAUAUAUGAUCUACUAAACACGCUUUAUUUCGUGAAAAGUUUAUACUUUAUAUAGCUUUUGGACAACUUAUUGUAUUUUCUUUCAUCUGAUAAUUGUUUUACAAAGAUAAUAUUCCUAACAAGAUAGUUAAAAAGAGUGACAGAUAUCGAUUUUGUCUUCAGAAAGAUAAAAGUAUUGAUUCUACGUUCAAUUAUGCGAUGAUGCAUAUCAUACUAGAUGUGUUGAUGCGUUGUACUUGUAAAGUAAUAUGCUACGUAAUGCUACAUGUAAUAAGCAGAUGUUCUUGUUCAUGCUAAAGUAAAUAUUCGUGCUUCAGCAUUCAAGAUCUACCAAUUCAACUUUAUUAGAGAGAUGUGCAUAAAUCAAUACAAACAUAUAUUUUAAUAAACUUAAAUAAAUUCGGAAUACUUGAUGCAUAUUGAUUAUAUUUUUUUAUCAAAAUAUUGCACAUUCAAGAUCUACUAAUUCAACUUUUUAGAGAGAGAUGUGCAUAAAUCAGCAUGCUAUUACAAACAUGUAUUUUAAUAAACUUAAAUAAAUUCGGAAUACUUGAUGCAUAUUGAUUAUAUUUUUCAUCGAAAUAUUGCAAAACGUCUAUUGCCCCUGAUAACUUUCUAAAAACUAUAAUAACGAAAUUUUUGGGUAAAGAACCCACUAUCCAUCAUUUUACUAUGAAAAGAGCAGUAGUCGACUUUUGAAACAAAAGAAGAAAACUAUCCACUUCUAGGCUCAGGCAUUCAAAUGAUCAAAUCAAACGAAGAAAUUUUGAUGUAUGUAUUUUGGAAUUUAAAUGUAAGCUCAAUUGAAAUCUUUGUGUAAGUUAAGACAUAGAUAUCCAAUACCUAACUUAUGACCAAAAUUCAAUUCGACUAAGAUGCGUCCAUAUAUUUUCAAGUAUCAUAUCCAAAUAACAUAUAUAAUACACAUGUUUAUAUCUUUGUCACAUUAAUCCUUCCACUAAUUUCUAAAUGAUGUUAGAGAGUUCCCUGGCAAUAUAUAACCCUUUACAUACAUGCAUGAUGCAUAUAUGAUUUAUCAUAUGGAUGCGUAUAAAAGUAUUUGUUUAUUUUCAGUACGACAAAGAUUCCCACUCGGAAUGUUUUAGUUCUUUUAUUAUACAAUUCUCUCUCUCUCUCUCUCUCUCUCUCUCUCUCUCAUAAAUCUCUCUCUCUCUCUCUCUCAUAAAGCAAAUGUGAUCAGACAAAAGCAUACAACGAAUUGCAUUCAAAAAAGUUUUCUAAACCAUCAAAUUUUCCUCUCUUCAUCCAACAAGCACACAGAGAUUUGUUUCGUUUCGAAUCUAGAGUCAAACCAAGAAAAUAAAAUAUUAGGUUUCAUAUCUGCUGAUUUAAGGAAACUCAUCUAUGGAUACGGCUCAAUGGCCACAGAUCUGCUUUUGUCAUUUUGAUGAUAAGGAGAUUGUAGUGAAGCCCUUGGAAGAAAUAGUAACAAACACAUGCCUAACGCCGCGAGCGUCACAGCCGCAACCACCACCAUCGGUUGGGGCGGCGGGUGUAGCUGAGAGGAAGACACGGCCAGAAAAAGACCAAGCUAUAAACUGUCCAAGAUGUAACUCAGUCAACACGAAGUUUUGUUACUACAACAAUUAUAGCUUGACGCAGCCAAGAUUCUUCUGCAAAGGUUGUCGAAGGUAUUGGACGGAAGGCGGUUCGCUUAGGAAUAUCCCUGUAGGUGGUGGCUCAAGAAAGAACAAGAGAUCUCACUCUUCUUCAAUUUCUUCUUCCUUGGAUAUUAGUAAAAAUCACUCGGAUUCUACACAACCAGCUACAAAGAAGCAUCACUCUGAUCAUCAUCCUCACCACCACCUCAUGAGCAUAUCUCAACAAGGGCUGACCGGUCAAAACCCUAAAAUCUUUGAGACGACUCAACAAAAUCUCAAUUUAGGUUUUCCACCACAUGGGUUGAUCAGGACCAACUUCACUGACCUCAUCCACAACACUGGCAACAACAACACGAGCACUAACAAUCCAUUUAUUGGUUCUUCAUGUUCUGCCACGUCAGCUCUGGCAACUUCCCCUCUGGAUCUCAUAAGAAACAACAAUUGUAACAACAGGAAUACUUCGAAUUCUUCAUUCAUGGGGUUUCCAGUUCAUAAUCAAGGUCCAACAUCUGAAGGAUUUUCAAUGCAAGAUCAUUACAAGCCUAGUAACUCAAACACCACACUGCUAGGAUUUUCAUUAGAUCAUCAUCAUGAUAAUAGUGAAUUCCACGGAGGAUUUCAAGGAGGAGAAGGAAGAGAAGUUGGUGAUGAUGUGAAUGGAAGGCACUUGUUUCCUUUUGAAGAUUUGAAAUUGCCAGUUUCUUCGUCUUCAUCAGCAACAAUUAAUAUCGACGUUAAUGAUCAUCAGAAGCGAGCAAGUGGUGGAGAUGCAGCUGCAACUUCUGGUGGAUAUUGGACUGGGAUGCUGAGUGGAGGAUCAUGGUGCUAAUUUUUCUCUGUUUGGUGAUGAAAAUAGUACUAUUAUUAAUGGUUAAUUAUUGCUAUUUAUUUAAUUAAUCAAUGUGUUCUCAGUUUCACUUUGAUGUUCUUAUUGCUGGGUUUUCUUUUUUUUUUUAUUGUUUUUGGGGUUAAUUUGGAUAUAAGGACAUUAUUGGGGGUGCAUGCAUAUUGAAUGCAUAAUUUGUUUUUGAGUUUUGUUAUGGCU